GGAUAAUUUGAAUAAUUUAAAUAAUUUACGUGGGAAAUGGAGCUCUUGUUCUUAGUUCUAUUUAUGAAGGUUGCCAUCAGUGCAACUAUAACUGCGAAUACUACCUGCAGUGCUACAAACGAGUACUUUGAUCCUACACAGCUUGUAUGCACAACUUGUCCUACUGCGUAUACUGUGUCUACUAAUUGAGUUUGCCCAGCAACUGCAAUACUUGCAAAUACUUGGCAAAGCGGACUUGAAGAUUGUACUAGUUGUCCAACCGGUCAAGGACCUCGGCUGAUCCAGGAUGAAUGUAUCACUUGAGGAACCACCAAUUGAGGAUGUACUAACAAUCAAUAUUUAAGCGAGGCAUCAACAUCAGGAGGAAAUUUAGAAUGCGUGACAUGACCGAAGGGGUACUUCUCUCAAUUCACAACAGCUGCUACACAUAAUUGUACAGUAUGAACUCUCGAAGGGCAAACGAUCAACGCAGGGACUGGAGCAUGUGCUUGCGAAGAGACUGGAGAGGCUGCUCAAGGAAGCUUCUGUGUUAAUAGUAUUGAUUAUGCAUCUAUUGUGACUACUUCUUAUCCUCUUGCCACUGCAUCAGAACUGAGAUAUACAGGUGUGAUCUCUGGAGGCUCUAACUCAAGGACUGCUACUGUUAAUAGCAUAAAUACAAUGGAAUGGCUCCUUCCUCAAGCCAUGUACGAAUGCCUAAAAUUUAGGUAUUUCAAGCAAUGCCAGACCUUGGCUAAUUUAUGUGUACUUCAUAUGUAUAAUGAGGCUGUGGCUCCUUGUUCUGCUUUACAAGAUUUAGCUAACAGCACCACAAGCCAACAAAAUACUUUCUAUAAUGAUGCUGGGUGGAAGACAGGGAUUCCUUGGCUCUAUUAUUUGGAAAAUGGCAGAGAUGUGAUAUACAAUAAGAACAGAGUCAAGGUAAAGAUGACUCUGUCAACAGAUGAUGCUAAUGCUGUCAGGUACGCUCACGUUCCUUUCAAGUUAGCCAAGUACUCACUUGAAGGAGACUUUGAAGGAUGGGAAGAUCUGACUAACCAGAUAUUUAUGUGCCCAGUCACUAUUAAAGAUUCAGAGAGAUACAGAAGAGUUGGUCUUGGUCUUGUCACUAAAUGUGAUUUUAACCUCCUUGAUCUUGUGGAUAGGACCAAGCAUCUAGACAAUCUGAAUUAUUUCUUCGAACUGUUUCUUGAAGACUACAACGGAGAUUUGAUUGACGUCCCAGUCUUAAUAAAUAAUGCUCUUGAUAAUUCUGAUAGCGGAAGUAUUGCUGACUGGAAAUUCGUCAGGCGGUUCUUCCUUUAUGAAAACGUCAGUGCUAUCGUCGGCGAAGGAGAGUACCUUAACCCAACAAAGCCACCUGGAUAUGUCAGGUUUAUACAUGAGUCUAGGAUUGUAUUUGAGAUUGAUACUGAUUCUGAUGAACAAAUUCAUGUACCAUAUCUUCGUUUGUGGUAUAGGACUAUUAGUACUACAAACGUGACUUCAGAUACUCCGACCCCAAUAGUUGUGGUAACCCAAUGGAAGAUGUCAACUAAUUACCCUCGUAGGCUCUUGCUCGGGUUCUUAAUCGCUACUCAUGUGCUCAUAUUUAUCUGGGUGGUAUGGAAAUGCUACAAAUGGACUACUUUACACCCUCAGAACUAUGAAUCAUCUGAAUUCGUGUUCUAUAUAGGAAGAAUCAUCCUGUAUGAGAUAUUAAACGCCUGGUGAAGUUUCAUGUUCUGGUUCUUGUUCCUGGCUUCGCUAAUCUGGUUCAUCUUGUUCAAGUUUGAAACAGCGUUCUAUAUCCUACUGCCGGAUAAUUAUGGGAGAUCGGCUAUUUUCAGACCAUUUGACAUCAUUUUUGGACUUCUAGUUGGCAUCAAAGUAUUUGCACUCUGGGGAAGAAUUUGGUACCAGUGCAAUAUUGACAUCUUCUUCCUUGAUAGAGAGAAGAAGAAGGAAGAUACAGAGACCAGUCCCAACGCUUGGAGACUUAUUUUUGUUGCUAAUGAGUAUAACGAGAUGCAGCAUUCCCAGUACAUUUCAGUCGAGUAUACCCUGUUCUGGUUUUGUUUCUUUAUGAUAGGUGAGGGCUGGGAAGGAUGGGCCGCGCAAGAUCCUGAUCUUACUGCUCAUAUCAAGGAUAGCCAUAUCAAUGAGUAUCUGAAAUUUUGAAUAACAGUCAUAUUGUUGCUGACAAUCGGAUUUAUACAGUACAGUCUGAAGUGGAUCUUUUCCUUCUUGAUUCCAUUACCAUUCCAGACAUUUGUUGAUCUAUGCUCUAUCACUAACCUAUCUGUGUUUAUAUUUGAUGAGAGGAUUCAUGGGUACUAUAUCCAUGGAGUUUCUACCUGUGGUCAAUCAGAUGUCACAACACAUGAGCUUCAGGGAUAUCUUGACAAGGAAAAUCGAGGAGAGAGCUCACAAAGAGGGCUCCUAGCAGAAUAUCCUAACAUGCAGACAUUUGAAAUCUUCCUACCUGUCAGAGUAAGACAACUGUACGAAGUUGUGUAUAAGCAGCAUGUUCUCAAUGAAAUUUCAAACCAUAGACAAAAUAUGAGCGCUAUUGAGAAUUCUAGUAGGCUAUUUAGCUUGGCAGCUUUGCCAAAGGGAUUGAACAUCCAAGCUCUAAUGAACAAAAGGGAUGAGGCUUCUCAGUAUUUCAUCAAUUAUGUCUCACAAGUCAAAAAUUACCCAGCAACAGCAGUUAGAGAUAGAGGAAUCUGUCAGAUGUUUAGCGAUCUCCCUCCUGAAUCAUUAAAUCACAUGGAGACGCCCAUGUUCUUAAAAGAAUAUUUCUAUGGAUUCAGAAAGGUAUUCUUUGGAGCUCUUGAUUUUGAUAUCCUUAUUUUGAUUGCCUGCUUCUACACUGGCCUCGAUAUCUGGGAGUUAAACUUCUGACAAUCCACUGUGGUCAUCUAUUUCUUCUACAAGAUCUUCAUCGAGUUCCCUAGAAAGUUCUUCGGGUCCAGAAACUUAGCUACCAAGACACUGGUUGAGUCCCGAUUCCUGUUGUAAUAAUUUUCAAUCGAUGAAAUAUUGUCAGG